AUGUCCGGACUCAAAAACUCCCCUUUUGGCAAGCGACUACGCGCGACACAUCAAGACAACGAAGAAGACGGUCCACGAAGAAACCGACAGCGGGUCAACCCAAUUUUCUAUACCGCCACAUCCUCGACAACAAAGGACACGACGCCAGAGUCGCCUAUCACGAUGCGCGAAAUGUACGGGGACAGAUUUGUGCCUUCGAGGGAUGCUGGAGAUAUGCGAACGAGCUAUCACUUGAUGGAUGAAAGUGGUCCUUCAACUCCUUCAAAAUCUCGAAUUAUACCAACAGAAUCGGAUGCAUUGAAGGAACAAGCAAACGCAAUAUUUACAUCCAUACUCCACACAGAAGUAACCCCCCCUUCCCCACGUCGACCCACCUCACCCCAGCGACCUACAACCUCUUCAAGUGCAACAACAACCCUCCCACCUAGUACACCCACCCGUAAACGUAUAUUUCACUACACCUCACCGGCGACAUCAGCAAACCCCAGCACGCCAACUCGCAGACUAGACACCCCAACAGACGAGGCCUAUUCCAUGAGUCCCGUCCGAGCAGAAUCUCGUCAACUCCUUGAGUCCCCCCGAAGACAACUCCGCAGUGUCUGCAAAACGCCCUAUCGCGUUCUCGACGCACCAGAACUGGCAGAUGAUUUUUACCUCAAUCUUGUGGACUGGAGCAAUACGAAUGUACUUGGUGUUGGACUAGGGAGCUGCGUAUACCUAUGGACAGCACAUAACGCAGCAGUUUCAAAACUAUGCGAUCUAGCAGGUUCAAACGAUACAGUUAGCUCCGUCUCAUGGGUCCAAAAGGGUACGUUGCUUGCUAUCGGAACUCUCUCAGGUAGAAUGCAUAUCUACGACGCUAAUACUCUCCAACUACAACGCUUGUAUAAGAAUGCCCACACUCAACGCAUCGGUGCUCUGGCUUGGAAUUCGCAUAUACUCUCGUCGGGAUCGCGAGACCGUAUGGUGCACCAUCGAGACGUCCGAGAGCCCUCUCAGCGUCCGUUCAAGCGGUGUGCAGGGCACAGACAGGAAGUUUGUGGGUUAAAAUGGGCGAGGGAUGGGGGGCCGUUGGCAAGUGGGGGGAACGACAACAAAGUGUGUAUAUGGGAUCUACGAGGUUCGAAACGUGCUUCUGUUACUGGAAGUUCAACGUCAGGAUCAGGCAGUGUGGAAGAUGCAGGAGGAAGCGGAAGCGGAGACGCACCACUCUGGAAAUUCCAUGAACACACAGCAGCAGUCAAAGCGCUCGCCUGGGAUCCACACGUGAGCGGGGUGCUUGCGACCGGAGGAGGAACGCAGGAUAAACAUAUUCGCUUUUGGAAUACGUUUAAUGGGACGAUGCUUAGUGAGCUUGAUACCGGGAGUCAGGUCUGCAACCUUAUCUGGUCCCUGACCUCCCAUGAACUCGUCAGCACCCAUGGUUUCAGCAGCACCACAGCCCAAAAUCAAAUAUGUAUUUGGAAAUACCCGACGCUGAAUAUGGUGGCGUCUUUGACGGGGCAUACGCAUCGGGUUUUGUAUCUUGCUAUGAGUCCAGAUGGUGAGACGAUCGUAACGGGUGCUGGGGAUGAGACGCUUAGGUUCUGGAAUGCGUUUCCGAAGAAGGAGGGUGGGGAGAAGCGGGAGACGAGGUUGGAUUAUGGGAGGCUUAUCAGGUGA